AUGGAAUCAGAAUAUAGAUUACUUCUUAGCAAUUAUUCGAUUGCUCGUGAGCUUGAAGAAAAAUAUCUUGUAACUUUAUCUCAUCUUACCUUGGUGGAAAAAUAUGGUAUUCCUGUUAAAGAAACGAAAAAUGCGAUUGAAACUCAACUUGUUAUUCAAUCAAAUUUGAAAAAAAAAUAUAAAGAAAUGAUUACAACUUACGAGAUCGAUAGUCGAGAAUUUUCUUUGAUCGUUCCGAUAACUUCAAAAAAGCAAAUUCCUAUCAGUAAAAGAAUUAAUCCUAAUAAAGAUUAUUUUGAAUACUAUUAUGUGCCAACAGGUGGGAAAAAAAGAGAUGAAACGUAUAAUGAAUGUGUGAGACGUGAAAUGGAGGAAGAAACUGGAAUAACAAUAGGAGAAUUAUUUUAUGUUGGAAUAAAUGAAAGGUUUAGAGUUUUUCCGGAUGGAAAAGAAUGUCUAUGUCAAUGCGCAGUAUACUAUACCUUUAUUGAUGAUCAGAUUCCAAUUCGAACUGAACCCGAUAAACAUGACAAAUGGAUUUUUGUAGACCCAAAGGAUCUUUCUAAAUAUAAAUUAACCGAUACCCUUUCUCUCUUUCUUCAACCUAUAAUCGAAAUC